AUGAGCGGCCCGCCGGAAAACGUCAAUGGAACGUCUCUAUCGAAAGAGCAUCUCCUGGAGCUCGAAUCGUUAUUCGGCCGUGCUUUGCUAGGCAGAGCCCUGACCCUGAUACACGGAAAGAAACCCCUGAAGCUGCUCCGUACUCCGAGCGGUGCCGGUAGAUUGUACGAAGUGCCCGGUUCCAAGUUUGCUGUAGUGUACAAAAUCUUCCCGGGAGUAAAUUUCUGCACGUGCGAAUCGUUCCGCUACUGGGUGCUCCAACAGCAGCAUCAAGCAACCUGCAAGCACGUCCUGGCCACUAGAUUGGCCCAGGCGCUUGGAUUGGAGGUGGAGGAGACCCUGUCUGAUAAGAUAUACCAGGAGCUGUCAGCCGAGCUCAUCAAGGAACGGCUUAACAGUACGGCAAGCCGUUCGUCGAAUAUCGCAGGCCCUGGGGAAGGACCAUCGAAAUCGCUGCAGUAA